UUAGAUGUAAGAUUUGAAAACACUUUUAAAUACUUGUUUUAUUUUUUGAUAAAAGAUAUAUUAAGUAAUCAGUAAACAAUACGCUCCGAGAUAUUCUAUAAAUAAGACAUGUUAUGAUAGUAAUACAGAUAACAACUCAUUAGUGACGACAAUAUUAAAAGUGUUUUUCUCUACAAUUUCCAAAGUGCUCUAGCUGCUGUUCAUUUUUAGUAAUAACAUGUCUUUAAAUACAUUAGUAAAAUUAAGCAAAAUCGGUGCCGAAGUUGCAGUAAAAAAUGCAAAUAAAACUCCGUUCAAUUGGCAAGACCCACUGAAUCUUGAAUCACAACUAACUGAUGAAGAAAAAUUAGUAAGGGAUCAAUUUAGAUCCUAUUGCCAAGAAAAACUUAUGCCCAGAGUUAUAGAAGCGAAUAGGAAAGAAGCCAAGGGCGAAUAUAUUGGCUGUUUUGGUUUAACUGAACCAAAUCAUGGAAGCGACAUAGGACAAAUGGAGACUAGAGCCAAAUACGACUCAUCUUCCAAAACCUAUAACUUAUAAACAAACCCCGGUCAGUAAUAAACCUGGAUAACAAAUUCUCCAAUAGCGGAUAUUUUUAUCGUUUGGGCAAGAUGCGAUGAUUCAAAAAUAAGAGGGUUCAUAAUCAAUAAAAAGGAACAUGGUAAAGGUUUAGAGGCUCCUAAAAUUGAAGGAAAAUUUUCUUUACGAGCGUCAACUACAGGUAUGAUACUAUUAGAUAACGUAAAAGUGCCCGAAGAUCAUUUAUUACCAAAUGCCGUUGGUAUGAGUGGGCCUUUUGGAUGUCUAAAUAACGCACGAUAUGGUAUUGCAUGGGGAGCACUUGGAGCUGCUGAAGCCUGUUUGGAAAUUGCAAGAAAUUACACUUUGGAACGUCAUCAGUUUGACAAACCUUUGGCGGCAAACCAACUGAUACAGAAAAAGAUGGCGGACAUGGUGACAGAAAUCUCUUUGGGAUUGAUGGGAUGCUACCAAGCUGGCAGACUUAAGGAUCAAAAUUUGCAUACGCCCCAAAUGAUUUCCUUACUAAAAAGGAACAACGCAGGAAAAGCAUUGGAAAUUGCAAGAGUUGCUCGUGAUAUGUUAGGUGGUAAUGGAAUAUCUGAUGAGUAUCACGUUAUUAGGCAUGUUAUGAAUUUAGAAGCUGUUAAUACUUAUGAAGGUACUCACGAUGUUCACGCUUUAAUAUUAGGGAGAGGAAUAACAGGAAUUGCAGCAUUUUAAAAAGCUCAUUAAGUUUUCAAAAUUAUAUUUUUUAAUAUUUUUACUUGAAAAUAUAUAUCUUUGUUACCGA